AUGAAGCGCGAGUAUGAUCUUCAACAACACCAACAGACUAAAAUUGAAAAGAUCACAAUCAGAGAAAGCAAAAUUUUUAAUAAACCAAAUGAAUCCCAAUGUCUGGCAGGAGAAGAAGCAUGUAGCUUUAGAGGCACACAUCGUCUGGAGUUGAUGAAGCAUGAGAUUGACCAUAAUGUACUCUCUCAUUCUAGAAAUGGUCCUAAAGAACUUUGGCCAAGUAUAUCCAACUAUGUUCUCCAGGUCUCAUCAGAUGAUGCAAAGUCACCUGUGGUAUACCUCUACUUUUUGGAUUCUGGUGGUGGGUCGUAUCCAGAAGUAAUAUCAAGCGCCCAAGCAGAAUGGUUCCAGCAUAAAUCUCAAGAGAUCAACCCUGACUCAAGGGUUCCUGAGCUAAUAUUCUGGCACAUUCCAAGUGCUGCAUAUAAGAAGGUGGCUCCAUGGUUUGGAAUAUACCAGCCUUGUGUGGGCUCAAUUAACAAAGAAAGUGUUGCUGCUCAAGAAGCAGAAAUGGGUAUCAUGAAACUUCUGGUUAAAAGGCCUUCUGUCAAGGCAAUAUUCGUUGGGCACAAUCAUGGAUUGGACUGGUGCUGCCCCUAUAAGAAGCUUUGGCUGUGCUUUGCUAGGCAUACUGGUUAUGGUGGCUAUGGAGACUGGCCCAGGGGAGCUAGGAUUCUAGAAAUCACUCAGCUGCCCUUCUCUGUUAAAUCUUGGAUAAGGAUGGAGGACAAUGUAGUGCACAGUAGAGUGGUCUUGAGUCCUUAAGUCCUACAAAUUGUAUAUAUCAAGGAAUAUAAUAAAUUUGUAUAUAUAUUUAAUACU